AUGGGCUCUUCGUCAAGACUACUCUCUUUCUUCUUCUAUGGCUUCCUUAUACAUCUUGUUAAUCCCACCAUUGCGCAGCGAAAUCCCUACGUGCUCCACGAGUGUUCUACAAAUGGUAAUGUUAGCAGUAACAGUGCCUACAGGGCAAACCUCAACAGCCUUCUUUCCAACUUCUCUUCUAAAAGCCAAAUCGAUAAUGGGUUCUACAAUUACUCUGCCGGAGAGAACAACGACAAAGUUAACGCAAUCGCACUCUGCAGAGGAGACCUCACGGCAACUGACUGCCGGAGUUGUGUCAAUAUGUCUGCUCACGAGCUCUUAGUGUUAUGUCCGAACGAGAAGGAGGGCAUCAUAUGGUAUAAGAACUGCACAGUGCGAUACUCGAACAACUCCAUAUUUGGUGUUAUGGAAAUUGAGCCUAUGAAAGCUCUAACGAGCUCAACAGAAGUCUCGGACGCGAGUGGGACGUUCAAACAAGUGCUUAAGGGCUUGCUGGAUGGCCUAAGAAGUAAAGCUGCAUCUGGUGAUUCCCUUCGAAAGCUUGCGAUUGGAGCUGCCAACUCCACAUACUUCAAUCUAUAUGCACUUUUGCAGUGCACUACUGACUUGGCUGAACAAGAAUGCAGCAGUUGCCUAAAUCAGACUAUCGAAUAUCUUCCAGAAUGUUGUGAUGACAGGGCAGGAGCAAGAGUUCUUACACCCAGCUGUAACUUAAGGUAUGAGGACUACAGAUUCUAUGACAAUACGACCGAUGAACUGCCACCAUCAUCCUAUCUUCCUCCUCCUCCUGCUGCUGCUGAAGGAAAGAAGAGUAACUCAUCUCAAACUAUCAUUAUUGUUGUGGCGGUUGUUGUUUUUGUGGUCUUAAUAAUCUGCACCUACGUCUUUUUCUAUUUAAGAGUGAAAAAGCGAAGGAAGAAAGUUGAAACUGUGGAUGGAAUUGUUAGUGAUGAAUCAUUGCAAUUCGACUUUGCUACCAUUAGAGUUGCUACAGAGAAUUUUUCAAAAGAAAAUAAGCUUGGGCAAGGUGGAUUUGGUGCGGUUUACAAGGGUAUGCUCUUGAAUGGACAAGAAAUAGCAGUGAAAAGGUUGUCUAGUGGUUCCGGACAAGGUGAUCAAGAAUUUAAGAAUGAGGUCUUGCUAGUGGCUAAGCUUCAACACCGUAAUUUAGUUAGGCUCUUAGGUUUUUGCUUGGAAGGAAACGAAAGGCUUCUCAUCUAUGAGCUCAUGCCUAAUGCAAGCCUUGAUCGCUUUCUAUUUGAUCCAAUCAAACGUUUGCAUUUGGAUUGGGAGACGCGUUACAAAAUCAUAGAUGGCAUUGCUCGAGGGCUUCUUUAUCUUCACGAAGAUUCUCAAUUUCGUAUUAUUCAUCGUGAUCUCAAAACUAGUAACAUUCUACUAGAUUCAGAAAUGAAUCCCAAAAUUGCAGAUUUUGGUAUGGCGAGAUUGUUUGUACUAGAUCAAACUCAUGCAAAUACAAGAAGAAUCGUUGGAACUUAUGGCUAUAUGUCUCCAGAAUAUGCAAUGCACGGACACUUCUCAGUAAAAACUGAUGUCUUUAGUUUCGGUGUAUUAAUUCUGGAGAUGGUGUCUGGGCAGAAAAAUAGUUAUUUCCUCAUAGGGGAAAAUUUAGAAGAUCUUCUUAGCUAUGCAUGGCAAAAUUGGAGGGAAGGAACAGCAUCCAACCUUAUCGAUCCCACAUUGAGAUCUAGCUCAACAUCUGAAAUAAUGCGAUGCAUCCACAUAGGGUUGCUAUGUGUUCAAGAAAAUGUAGCUGAUAGACCGACUAUGGCUUCAAUUGUUCUCAUGUUUAACAGUAACUCUAUCACUUUAUCGGUGCCUUCUCGGCCUGCAUUUUUUAUGCACACCACCGUCGAAUCAGAUGUGUCAUCAGACCAAUCCUUCCAAGCGUCAACAAAUGAGGCUACGAUCAGUGAGUUAUAUCCUCGAUAGUGUUUGAUGGAAGUAACAAGAAUUCUUCAUUCAAGUCUUUGGAAAGGCCAUGUAAUUUCA